ACUUUCUCAAAAACAAAGACUUCGUCAACACAAACUUUCUUUUGAUAGACCACAAAUAUUUCUUGUGUUUGUCUAUUCUUGGUAUGCUUUGAUACAGACCUCUCUUCUUCAUCACUUGCUCUCUCUCUCUUUCUUUCUCUUUCGCUCCUCUGCCAUUUCAUCCCAUCUCAGAUUAUCGUCGUCUUUGGUCAUCUCCAGAGACUCUCCUUGCAUCUUCCUUUAGAGGGCGCGCCUCCCGUGCGCCUUCUUUUACUGGUUAUGGAAUCCACAUGUCUCCUCUUCUUUUCCAUUGUAUCUAUCUUCUUCGUGGCUGCUCAUGGCUUAUCAGAGACCGAAUCUCUCUUGAAAUUCAAGAAUUCUCUUGUUAUUGGGAGAGCAAAUGCUUUGGAGAGCUGGAAUAGAAGUAAUCCUCCAUGCAAAUGGACUGGUGUCUUGUGUGAUAGAGGCUUUGUUUGGGGAUUACGACUAGAGACUUUUGAGAUCUCCGGCUCUAUAGACAUCGAGGCGUUGAUGGAUUUGAAGUCUCUAAGGUCUCUUAGCUUCAUAAACAACAAACUUAGAGGUCCAUUUCCAGAGUUCAAAAAACUUGUUGCUUUGAAAUCACUUUACUUGUCAAACAAUCAAUUCGACGUAAAGAUACCUAAGGAUGCAUUUGAUGGGAUGGGGUGGUUGAAAAAACUCCAUCUGGAGAACAAUAAUUUUAGUGGUGAAAUUCCAACGUCUUUGGUCAAAAGUCCUAAGCUUUUAGAGCUUAGACUUGACGGGAACCGGUUCACUGGACAAAUACCGGAAUUCACACAUCAACCACACAUGUUAAACCUUUCAAACAAUGCAUUGGCAGGUCAAAUCCCAAAUAUUCUCAGUACAAUGGAUUCAAAAUUGUUUGAAGGAAACAAAGGCUUAUGUGGGAAACCUUUGGAUACAAAGUGUACUUCUUCUUACAUUCUUUCCCCAGAGCCUAAGUCAAGCCCCAAGAAAAAAUCAUUUAAAUUUUUGUACAUUGUAGCUGUAGCGAUAGCAGCACUGGCUGCAUUACUCGUAAUUAUUGGAUUGAUCAUCUUCCUUUACCGGAGACGAACUAAGAAACAACCACUAUUGUCAGCAGAACCUGGACCAUCAAGUCUACAAAUGAGAGCUGGAAUCCAAGAAAGUGAAAGGGGACAAAGUAGCUACCAUUCACAAAACCGCGCUGCAAAAAAGAUGAUUCAUACCACAAAAUUGUCAUUUUUGAGGGAUGACAAGGGAAAAUUUGAGUUGCAAGAUUUGUUGAAAGCAUCGGCAGAGAUUCUAGGAAGUGGAUGUUUCGGAGCAUCGUAUAAGACACUGCUUUCGAACGGAUCAGUGAUGGUAGUGAAGAGGUUUAAACAUAUGAAUAAGGCAGGAAUUGAAGAGUUCCAAGAACACAUGAAGAGGUUGGGGAGGUUAAACCAUGAGAAUUUGCUCCCCAUUGUGGCUUAUUACUAUAAAAAAGAGGAAAAGCUUUUUGUUUCCGAUUUUGUUGCGAAUGGAAGCUUGGCUGCUCAUCUACAUGGUCAUAAAUCUUUAGGGCAACCAAGCUUGGAUUGGCCAACAAGAUUGAAUAUUGUGAAAGGUGUAGGAAGGGGACUUUUAUACCUCAACAAAAACCUACCUAGCCUAAUGGCUCCUCAUGGUCAUCUAAAAUCAUCUAAUGUUCUUCUCAGUGAGAAAUUUGAGCCUCUUCUUAUGGACUAUGGCUUGAUCCCAAUGAUCAACGAAGAGAGCGCGCAAGAGCUCAUGGUGGCUUACAAAUCCCCAGAGUACUUAAAACAAAACCGUGUGACCAAGAAAACCGAUGUUUGGGGGCUCGGGGUACUAAUCUUGGAGAUUCUUACAGGAAAGUUACCUGAAAGUUUCCCGCAAAUCGAUAAAGAAAGCGAGGAGGACCUAGCCAGCUGGGUGAGGUCGAUGUUUAAAGGAGAGUGGACACAGGAAUUGUUUGAUCAAGAAAUGGGGACAACAAGCAAUUGUGAAGCACAUAUACUCAAACUCUUGAAAAUUGGACUGAGUUGUUGUGAAGUAGAUGUGGAGAAAAGGUUAGAUAUAAGAGAGGCUGUUGAGAAGAUAGAAGAUAUGAUGAAGGAGAGAGAACAAGGAGAUGAUGACUUCUACUCAACAUAUGCGAGUGAAGCUGAUGGGAGAUCAUCGAGGGGAGUGUCAAGUGAGGGAAUUAACUUGUCAUGAAAAUGAGAUCGACAAAGCCAGCAAGUAAAUUUUCAUGCAAGAGUUGUGUCUUAAAACCACAACUUGGUUGGACAUAAUUGAUGUCGACACCUCAAUAUACGGGAUCCCUUAACGUAGAAAAAAGUUGGUUUUGAGUUGACGUGUGAUGUUAUUGUGGGAAUUUUAUCUGCAAGAAAAUAAUGUAGAGGACAAGAUCUUUCUUACUUUUUAACCAAAAAGCAAGAGACAAACCCAAAAAAAAGCAAGGGAAUAUGUAGAAACUAACCAUGAAAAAGAAAAGAAUUAAGAAAAUAGCCAUGAUGUA